UUGUAUCUACUAUUUGAGGACUCGAUUCUGUGGUUAUGGUUCUCGCUGCCAUUUGAAUCAUCCGCAUGUCCGUGCGGCGGUAAAAAAUUUUGUUCGUUUCAUUUUUAAGUUUGGAGAGGGUUUUUUCUUGUGUUAUUUUUGUGUUUGAUGUCAUUAAUUAUUCAUGGUUGUACUUUGGAUCUGUUAGUUAAUUUUGUAGAUUAUCUAAUUCAGUGCUAAUUUGGUUUCAUUUUGUAGGUUUAAUUUUUUGGUUUGGAAAAAAUAUUUUUGCUGUUCUUUAUCUGAGCUAACUUCUUAGUUUCUUAUUGUGCUCUUCUUGAUUUAAUGAUUCGGCUCAAGAGUUGAUUAUCAAUUUUCAGUUUCAAUAAUGGAAUCUAUGUUUCUGAUGGGCAAUAAGUUUACAUGUCUUCUAUUUCAGCAGUCAUACUUAUUGGGAAUAGUAUUAUUAUAUAGUCAAAGAUAGGAUCAAUCACUAGGUAUGGUUUCUUUAUAGAUUUAUAGAUUUAUAGAUAGAUAGAUAGAUAGAUGUAUAUAGAUUCUUAGAUAAGUUGAUAUGAGAUAUCUAUAUUAUAUAGAGGUAUGGGUAAAUCUAAUUUAAUUACCUAUGGACACAUUGAAUGUCAUAUGUCAAUCAAUCAAUCAAUCUAGCCAAGGAGUCUAAGAGAAACGUAUUCUACAAGCUUUCCCUUACAAACUUGCUCAUUCCUCUGGUAUAAGUAGUAAUGAGGUGAUGGAGUAUUGUGUUGAUUUUUCAAGAGCUAUCACUUGUUCCUUACUUGUCUUUUUUCUCUUGCAUUCCUUUCUCUUGAGAUAAAUCUCAGAUCCCACACAGUUUUCUGUUGCUGCUAUUUUGUUCUUUAAUUUGUUUUUUUCAUCCACAUUCUUUGAUCUUUACUAUUUAUUUAUUGAUAAGAUAAGAUGAGUCUUACUAUUGAUCCUGUUCAGAAAAUCUCUCCAUGGAAGGAAACUUGGAGUAUUGAGGCUAAGAUCUUGACCAUUUGGAAAGAUGCUAGCAUUGUUAAUGAAAAUAUGCAGAAACUGUUACAUGUGGUGUUGAUGGAUAAGCAGCACGACAAGGUCCAAGCAACUGUUGACCAUGAUUUGAUCACAACUUUUAUUCAUCAGUUAAAAAAAGGAGAUGUAUUCAUUAUUUCUGACUUCAAAGUGAUACCUAAUGGUGGAUUGGUUAGAGUUACAAGACAUCGAUUCCGCAUCCUUUUCAAGUGUAGUACCUCUGUUGUUGCAGCUGCAAAUAGAGACGUACCUAAUCCUGGUUUAAGUUUAACCUCUAUGGACGAGAUUCUUCAAAAGCGCACUCAUUAUGAGUACUUAAUAGAUUUUGUUGGGGUCCUGUGCGGAUUGAAAAGGAAAACUGAUGUUGAGUUUAAUGGAAAGAUAUUGAGAGUUAUUGUCCUUGAAGUUUUUGCUGAUGGGUAUCCCUUCCCUUUCUGUUUUUUAUUCUAUUUUUAAAUUAUGUUAUGCCUGUUUUUCAUAUUUUUUAUUAUUGUUGGAUUAUUCUAUUGUUGUUGCUCAUUUUUUAUAAUGAUUACCCAGG